AUGGACAGCACUGCGGACAGUUUGGACGCUGCAGCUUUUUUACAGAUCUGGCAACAGUUUGACAGAAAUGGUAAGAAAUAAGAGUUUAACGGUAAAAAGAAGUCUUUAAAGUCGUAAAUGUACAUCUUUUAUUUCAUAGAUUUAAAAACAGCUUUUUAUUUUGACAGCUGAGGACGUGUCUUAAUAAAACAAAGAAUAAAAAUCAGGUUAAGUGCUUUUUUUGUUUGUGUUAUUAGAGUAAAAAGAGGAGAGACAGGAUGUUGUUCAAUUGUUUUGAAUUUAAAAUUAAUUAAUGGAUUUAAAAUAUAUAAAAUGAGGCCAAAUUUUAAGUGAUUAGAAAGUCAUGAACUGUUUUAAAUCAACAUUUUGAUUCAUUUUAGGGAAAAAAAAUCCCAUAUUAUAUUCUUUAUAAAUAAAAAGAAGUUUAUUUAUCUUGUAAAAACACUCGUGCACUCUCUCUUUAUUCUCAGGGUUAAAGUUAAAAUCAUGUUUUUGACUGGUUUUUUUUUGUGCACAGAUGACGGGUACAUAGAGGGAAAGCAGCUGGACGCCGUCUUACAAAGCAUGCUGGGAGAAUCUGGGCCCAAGGUAAAUAAUCAAAUUUAUAGAAUAUUCUCGAAAUAUUCUCAUAAUUCAGUUGUUUUACAUUUUUUCUGUUUGUUCAGAAACUAAAAUCUGCUUUUUUCAGAGUAUUGUCAGCAUACUGCCCUCAGCCCUCACUAGGGGGCAGCAGAAUCAACACUAAUCUAAUCGGCUUUGGAUAAAAAUAUUUUAACAUCGAAAUUUAACAAAAGUUUAAUGAAAUUUCUAACAGUGACUGUUAUUUUCUUUCAGAGGGCGGAGAUCACUGCGGACAAAAUCAGACGAAUGAGAGAGAAACUGUCGUGUGACACCAGAGCUGACGGUCGUCUGCAGAUUCAAGAGGUUCAAACUUCUCUGUUUCAGAUGUUUGUUACCCUGAUAGAGACGUGUUUCAGGAUGAAUCCUGCUCUAAUCUCAGCAUUUAUCAUUAGAUGAUAGACGAUAUCAUUUUACAUUAGAAACACUGACACUGGGUGAAUAUCAUUUCAGUUUUUAGUCUUUCUGGUCCCAGACUUUAGACUCAGACUGAGGGUUUGUGUUUGGAACUGGCCCACUAUGAAAGACUUUAUAUAUCAUAGGCUUGUGAGUCCUGCAGACUAAACUGAGGGGCUCAGAGGUCUUUACAAACUCAAUGAUGUGAUUUUGAUGUGAUUUUCAGCCUCAAACUUCAUCUUCUGUUUUUUUAUGAAAGCUGUACGUUGUUCAAUAAAGUUUUGAGGAAAAAAAACAAGCAUGGAUUUGCACAUAUUUAUCAUAUUUGUCAUAUUUCUGCAUAAAGUAGGUUCAGUGAGGUCUGGUUAGUCAGCUGUUAUCUUCAGUGACUCUUUUUAUUUCAGCUGUCCGCUGUGAUCCUCCCUGAAGAGGAGAACUUCCUGCUUUUGUUUCGCAGAGAGACGCCGCUGGACAACAGCGUGGAGUUCAUGAGGGUGAGGUCAAAGGUCAACAAAGUUAGACAUGACUAAAACGUGACUUGAUCAGCACCACCCUCAGGACAAACACAAAAAUUCAGACGUCCCUGAUCAUAUCCGUGUCUAUUCUGCACAUUCAGGAUUGUUGUUGAUCAUCUAAUUCAUUCAUGAAACAUUUAUUAUAAUGUGAGUGAUAUUUCUGUUUUUUGUUUCUACAGAUCUGGAGAAACUACGACACUGACAGCAGCGGAUACAUCUCAGCGACGGAGCUCAAGGUAACAGCUGAGCUCAAAUAUGACCUUCAGAGGAGAUGAACAUUAGAACCUGAAACAUAAAGACUCGAACCAAGAGCUGGAAGACUUUUGAAUGAUUGAAUUAGUUUGAAUUUUACUUUUUAGUUUAAGUUUAGAUCAAAUCUUUCAGACACAUUUUCUUCAUUAACUAAUUAAGUUCAGAUUUUGGUUUUCACAUCGUCUAAAAAGUCCCACAGUUGACUUUUAGAAUCAAAACACGAUAAAACAAAAAUCUUUUAUUGGAUUCAGAAGACAGAUUUAUUGAUUAUUGUAAAAGAGGAGAGUUAAAAAUGUUAAAGCAGAGUUGCAGGUUAAGGAGGUAAAGAGAUCUCAGUUUCCGCCAACAUUAGCAGCAGGUUUGGUCUCGUUUGUCCCUGCAGGGCUUCCUUCAGGACCUCUUCCUCCAGCACAACAAAUCAAUCACACCUGAUAAACUGGAGAAGUACACCGUCGCCAUGGUAACAGACAGAGACACUUUAGAUAUCGUGAAGUCUUGUCGUCAUCCUCUCAUACUUCUCCUUUCUUCUUCGCAGAUGAUGAUGUUUGACAAAAACAAAGAUGGCCGACUGGAUUUAAACGACCUGGCCAGGUACCGUGGAUCAGUGUCAUGUGACCAAAUAGAGUUUGAACAAUAACCGAUGUAGACACUCAAACCACCUGAUUAUUGACAUGAUUCUGUUUCUCUGGUCUGAAGAAUUUUGGCUCUUAAAGAAAACUUCCUCCUGAAGUUUAAGAUGGAUGUAAGUGACGCUUCUUUUAGUCAAGAUUAUUUCUCUUUUCAUGAUGAACAGUAUUUUCUUCCCUGUCUUCCACAUUUCCUCACACUAACCUGUAGUUUCUUUAUUCAAAGCCAGACUCUCACUGUGAACUUGUUCUUUCUCAGGCCUGCAGUCAGGAGGACCGGAAGAGAGACUUUGAGAAGAUUUUCGCUCAUUACGAUGUUGUAAGUUUGGCUCCUGACUUCUGUUGGACAGUCCUGCUCAUGAAGUGACAUCGACCAAAUAAAGUCACCACUAUGUGUGUGUGUUUGUGUGUGUGUGUGUGUGUGUGUGUGUUUGUGUGUGUGUGUGUGUGUGUGUGUGUGUGUGUGUGUGUGUGUGUGUGUGUGUGUGUGUGUAGAGUAAAACAGGAGCGCUGGAAGGCCCUGAAGUUGACGGGUUUGUCAAAGACAUGAUGGAGCUGGUGAAGGUGAGACUUCCUCUGUGCAAAGAUUCGGCCCUGAACCCUGCUGUGACCUCUGACCUCUCUGAUAAGUCUUUGGAUGUGUCCCCCCCCCCUGCAGCCAAGCAUCAGCGGCACAGACCUGGACAAGUUCAGGAAGGCUCUGAUGCACCACUGCGACAUUAACAGAGACGGAAAGAUCCAGAAGAACGAGCUGGCCCUCUGCCUCGGCCUCAAACACAGCUAA